UCUCUUUCUUUAGAACUCCUCUCCCUCUGAUCUUUCUCGCGCCGUCUUUGGAUCGGGGCUUCGCGGUCGGAGGCGAUGGCGCAACCGGCGGCACAGACGGCGACGGCGACUGCGACGGCGACGGCGACGGCGAGGCAAGGACGGCAGCAGCAGCAGCCGGGGUUCGGCCAGACGGUGACUGGGAUCAUCCGGAUGGCGGUGUUCUGGUACUUCGCUAUGAAGUUCUUCUCCCCCAAGAAGCCAUCCGAUCCCUCCCACCUCAUCUCCAAUCUCUUCCAGAAGGGCGAGCCCUUGGACAUGUGGCUAUAUCUUUCUGAACAGGAGAAGUUUAAUGACUUCAGCAACGAGGAUGCCCUUGUCUGGCAUGAGGCGAACGUUCCAUAUGCAGUUUGGGGGCCAGCUAGUACUAGGUCUCAUUCUUUAAAAUAUUAUCCAUCAGAGGCUGUGAAGCACAAUGGGAGCCUGUAUGCUCAUGUUUUCUUUGCACGCUCAGGCUACCCUCCUGAUCCUAGUGAUCCUGAGUAUGAGCCAAACUUUGCCUUUGGGAGGACAAAUCCUGUUGUGACGUUCUUGCCCAAGUCAAAAGCUGAUAAAAGGAAGAGCUUGCUGGGAAAUUCCAAGGGGCCUGAAGAGGAAGAACAGGCUGCUGAGUUGAAGGAUGAUACCUGGGUUGAAGCUAAGGAUGAGGGUCCAGUAGAAUGGGUUUCCUAUUGGAAACCAAAUAUUACCAUCAAUCUCGUUGAUGACUUUACACGAUACCCUCAAAACAAUAUUCCUCAAAACAUUGCUGGCUAUCUGAAUGUAGACCCUGCUACUGGGAACUACUACCCCACAACCUUCUUCAAUGAAUUCUGGCUUUUGAGGGAUAAAUUGAUACCACUUAAUGACACUGUGAAGGAGUUGCCCCUUAAUCUGGAAUUGGGUCCCAUUAGCACAACUAAGUGGCAGUUGUUUUUACAGAUUGAGCAGUCAUUCCAGGUUCACCGUAGUUAUGGAAGUAUGCUUGAAGGCGAGGCUGACGAACUCAAGAGGGUAUUCUUGGAAGGAAAUCCGUACCUGCUGGUGGUAACGAUGGCUGUAUCUGUACUGCAUUCUGUGUUUGAUUUCUUGGCUUUCAAGAAUGAUAUUCAGUUUUGGAAUAAAAACAAGUCUAUGGAAGGAUUAUCUGCAAAAUCAGUUGUUGUGAACUUUAUUUGUCAGCUGAUUGUUUUCCUUUACCUCCUUGAUAAUGAUACUUCAUGGAUGAUCCUUGCUAGUUCUGGAAUUGGUGUCUGCAUUGAGUUUUGGAAAAUUGGGAAAGCCAUGCAUAUUGAGAUUGACAGAAGUGGAAGGAUUCCAAUGCUGAAAUUCCGAGACCGUGAAUCAUAUGCAAAGAACAAAACUAAGGAGUAUGAUGAUCUUGCAAUGAAGUAUCUAUCAUAUGUUCUUUUCUUUCUUGUGGCUUGCUUCUCUGUCUAUUCUCUCAUAUAUGAGCGGCACAAAAGCUGGUACUCUUGGAUACUUUCUUCUCUCACUAGCUGCGUGUACAUGUUUGGUUUUAUUAUGAUGUGCCCCCAGCUGUUCAUAAACUACAAACUCAAGUCUGUAGCUCAUUUGCCCUGGAGACAGAUGACCUACAAAUUUCUCAACACUAUCAUUGAUGACCUUUUUGCAUUUGUCAUCAAAAUGCCAAUGCUGCAUCGGCUGUCAGUUUUCCGAGAUGAUGUUAUUUUCUUAAUAUAUCUAUACCAGAGGUGGAUAUAUCCAGUAGACAAGAAACGUGUAAAUGAGUUUGGCUUUGGAGGUGAAGAUGAAGACCAAAGCAAUCAGAGCCUGGUUGCCAAUGAUGUGACCGCAGCUCAGGAUGGUGAUGCCAGGACUGAUGGCGAUAAGAAGACCAAUUGAGCUUGAAGGUUCAUAUCACAGUAGUUGCCAUGGUAUUGCCAGUUUAAAAAUGGUUCCAGUUCUUUUGCUGUGGGAUAUAAAUUAUCCCCACAUCUUGGGUUGAUCUUCCCAGCUGCAUGGCAAAAUUUUUAAUGGCCAAUCUGGCCGAACGAUUAAGGCAACGAUGCUGACCAUUUGAUGUUGCAUUCCUUUACAUGCUUUUUAACAUAGCUUGAGACAAGGGUUAAUGGAUAUACAUUUAGAGUUCAUAAACAUUUCUCUGAAUGUAAUGAUUAAGAAUCGUAUCAGUAGCUUAGAGAUCAACUCUUCCCAAUGCGUUGGCAUGUGUGACAGCCAGUGUUUUCUUCUUUGCAAGUAAGGUUUGUUGUGUUGUAACUUGGCCUUUUCGAAGAUGCGUUCGGUAGAGGAUUAAAGUACGAGAGAUUUUAACGUUAUCACAAAGCUAAUGCUUGGAAUUGUUUAUUCUCUGAAUGACGUGGUUUGAUUGGUGA